AUGCAGAACUCCAGCGAUCUCAUCAUUCAGCCUGCAGGAUUUUACAUUGUUGCGCUGAAUUCAAUGCCUUACAGUAAUGUCUAUGUCAUGUUCCUCACUGUCAUUUAUGUGAUCACAGUUAUGUGCAACGUCUUUCUGAUCGCCAUCAUUUUCUACGACCAUCGUCUGCAUGUCCCGAAGUUUAUGGCCGUUGGUAGUCUGGCUUUUGUCGAUCUUGUUCUCAGCACCUCGCUCGUGCCUGGCAUGAUAAAGACGUACAUUGUUCUAGACAAUUUUGUGCCGUUUAAACUGUGCUUUGUGCAAAUGUUCACUUACUAUAAUUUUUUAUCACUUGAAUCGUUUUGCUUAUGCAUCCUCUCUUAUGACAGGUUCAUCGCAAUCUGUUUCCCUUUGAAACAGAAGUCUAUAAACACUAACAUCAGAAUGGCCUAUAUAAUCUGUGCAAUUUGGAUCUUGAAUUCUAUUAGGUCACUGUACGGUCCUUCAUCCAUCUCAACCAUGUCGUUUUGCGGCUCUCUUAAGGUCAACAGCUAUUUUUGCGAUUUUGCUCCCGUUUUAAGACUCUCCUGUAGUGACAUUACAGCCCAGUGGAAUUUGGCCACUACUUCAUCUACGAUUUUCACUGUUUUACCUUUGAUUUUUAUUUUCUUGACCUACAUAGGUAUACUGAUUUCUGUAUUCAGAAUGAAAAGUAAUCAGAGCCGUUUUAAGGCACUGGCCACGUGCAGUGAGCACCUCGUACUAGUGGCCAUUUUUUUCAUUCCAAUUUUUAUUAUCUUCAAUCUUGGACUUUCUGGGUUUGUUAUAAACCCAAACGUAAGAGCAGUGUGCUUGUCUUUGUCGUCCCUCCUUCCACCCUGCCUGAAUCCUAUCCUCUACUCACUGAAAACUAAAGAGAUUCAAAGCCGCAUUCAUUCUUUGUUAAUCAAGAGACUGUCUGUUCAUCCUCUGAAAAAUAUGCAUUAA